AUGCAAUCGUGGCUUCCCAUAUUCAACAAAAUUCAACGCGGGGCCACAUGCUUUGGAAUGGCAGUUAAUGCCUUUUUGGUCCCUCUCAUCAUAUUUCGAUCACCAAAAGAUUUGGGUCUUUACAAGUAUCUUAUGAUCUACAUUUCAUGUUUCGAAAUAUUCUUCGGUUGUGUCGAGCUUUUGAUUAUUCCGGACUUUUUCACCAAGGACUCUGCGUUUUUUGUGAUGGUUGACCCGAGAAAAACUAUUGUUCCAGAAAGUUUGAUCCAGGAAGCAGAUUUACUCUUCUGCGGUUCUUUCGCUGUGUCUCUUGGGAUAUUCGGGUUUCAGUUUGCCUAUCGAUAUCAGGUUCUGAGAGGAAACGCAGCAUGGACUUCCAGUCGCCCAAUAAACUUCAUCUUUUGGUUAGGAUCUCCACUCGUUUUUGCCAGUGUUUGGACAACCGCCCUUGGUAUUUUCAUGCCUCUAAAUAACUACGGAAAAGCUGUAUUGAUUAGAGAAUCAAUAUUUCCCAGUGAUGUAGAUCUUGACAAAAUUGGAUUUGUUGGUGCACUAUUCUACCCCAAACUGGAUGAUGGCACAGAAGUGAUCAAUUGGGAUUCGCUGAGAGGAGUAUCGGUGACUACUACUAUAUUGAUGAGCUCUGAAUUCGCCAUGUUUUUUUUCGCCACGAAGUGUUUUCUGGCCACAAAAGGCCUUAUGGCUCAAGCAGGUCAUUCGAAAAGUUUCCGUCGUCUCCAAUGGCAGCUUUUUUAUGCUUUGGUUCUUCAAACAAUGAUUCCAAUUACUUUCAUCCAGGGACCUUUCUCGGUCAUCUACUUUUUCACAAUCAUCAUGGAUGGCGCGUUUCCAUUUUUGGGUCAUUUUCUUGCACUCACUAUCACAUUGUAUCUGGCAACUGAUGCACUACCAACCAUCUUUAUUAUCAAGCAGUAUCGGGAUACUGUAUUGAGUACGCUGUCUGAAAAGUUGCCUGUUUCUUGA